AUGCCCUCCCAACUAGGCUGGAUCUGGCCCAAAGACCCCCGCCCCAACAAUCCCACCCACUGGCCCCGUCGCUGGCGCCUCUUCGACAUCCUCACAAACAAAGGACCAGACAUGUACGUCGGCCGCAUAACGCCGAAGCCAAAUAGCAAAAAGUCCGCCCGCCCAACGAGAGAAGAAUGGUCGCGGUGGGGGAGCAACCCUUCCGACCCGGACGCAGACUACAGUCCGCUGCCGUGGAUCAAGCGUCCGGUGGGCGAGAGAUAUGAUUUCCGGACGAGGACGUACCAUGUGCCUGAUCGCGGGACUUGGAGUGCUGUGGAGUAUUGUAAUGGGAGGAGGAUGCGGAGGGGGAAGUGGCUGGGCAGGGAGGAGGUUCAUUGUGUGCCGAGACGGUAUUGGGAUCGGAAUGGGGUGGAGUAUCCGGCUGAGUUUUGGCAUGAUGGGAUUUAUGGGAAGCAUCGGGAUUAG